UUUUGCAGUGUUUCCAUUGAACAAUACGCAACAUGUUUGUUAACAACACCCGCAAUCUAGUGCGCAGCAGCUUUUUGCAGCGUUGCAAGAGCACCUUGGUCGUGGCGGAGCACAACAAUGAGACACUCAACCCUCUCACAUUGAACACCAUCACGGCAGCCAAGAAGAUCGGGGGUGACGUCACAGUUCUGGUAGCAGGCACGAAAUGUGGACCCGCCUCUGAAGCUGUGGCCAAGGUGGAGGGCGUUACCAAAGUUCUGGUCGCUGAAAAUGCCGCGUUCAAGGGUUUCACUCCCGAGUCCCUGACUCCCUUAGUCCUGGCUGCCCAAUCGCAAUUCAAGUUCACCCACAUUUUGGCCGGUGCCUCAGCCUUUGGCAAGAACGUGCUGCCACGUAUUGCCGCUAAACUGGACGUGUCGCCUAUUUCAGAGAUUAUCGAUGUCAAGUCGGAGGACACCUUUGUGCGCACCAUCUAUGCGGGCAACGCCAUCCUCACGCUCAAGUCCAAGGAUCCAGUGAAAGUCAUCACAGUGCGUGGCACGAACUUCCCCCCAGCUGCCACUAGUGGCGGAAAUGGUGCUGUGGAGCAGGCGCCAGCUGGCGACUAUGCCAGCAGCCUAUCCGAAUUCGUUUCGCAGGAACUGACUAAGUCAGAUCGUCCUGAGCUGACGGGCGCCAAAGUCAUCAUCUCUGGAGGACGUGGCCUCAAGUCUGGAGACAACUUCAAGCUGCUGUACGACCUGGCCGACAAGUUUGGCGCUGCUGUUGGCGCCUCUCGUGCGGCUGUCGACGCUGGCUAUGUGCCCAACGAUCUGCAGAUUGGACAGACGGGCAAGAUUGUGGCACCUGAGUUGUACGUAGCUGUGGGCAUCUCUGGAGCCAUUCAGCACUUGGCUGGCAUGAAGGACUCCAAGACAAUUGUGGCCAUCAACAAGGACCCCGAGGCGCCCAUUUUCCAGGUGGCCGACAUUGGUCUGGUGGCCGAUCUGUUCAAGGCUGUGCCCGAGCUUACUGGCAAAUUGUAAAAAGUGCCCAAUAGACUAUAAAGCUAAUUGAUUCUAUCAAAUGUU